CAAGAUGAGAUCGACGAGACGAUUGGAGUGAAUGUCCAAUUCGACGAUUCGGAUGACGAGGCAGAAGGGGGCGGGGCGGAGGGCGGGGCCGAGGUGGAAGACGAGGUGAAGGAGGAGGGGUCGGAUGACGAGGGGGGCGUGGACGCGGUAUAUGAGGAGACGCUGAAGGCGGGGCUUGUGGGGCAGGAGGAAAGUGGGAGCGGCGAGCGUAAGGGCGCUCUGCACGCGCGCGACAUCGACGCGCAUUGGAUACAGCGGUCGCUAUCGAAGUUUUAUAAAGAUCCAAUAGUGGCACAGCAAAAAGUCAACGAAAUUCUGCAGAUUCUAAGGGAAGCGUCAGAUGAUCGCGAUUGUGAGAAUCAGUUGGUGUUGUUGUUGGGUUUUGAUCAGUUCGAGUUCAUUAAGGUGUUGCGACAGCAUAGGCAAAUGAUUCUGUACUGCACGCUAUUGAAACAAGCACAAGAAGGCAAGGAACGAGAGCAAUUGGAGAAGGAGAUAUUAUCACGACCCGAAUUGCAUCAUAUACUGGCUGAGUUGCAGGAGACUGAGAGUGCGGACGUGGUGCAGGUGGGGUACUCUUUGGGAAUUUUUUAG